CAAAAAUUGCUUGUUAUGAAAAAAAAAAACAUCAAAAUUUAUUUGGGUUCUGAUCCAUAUGGAAAAGAAUUAAAAGAUGUAGUAAAAAAUCAUUUAACAUCUUUAUCGACUAAUGAUCAAUUUUCAAACUUAGAAAUUGUUGAUUUAGGAACACAAGACAAAUAUUAUGAUAUUGCUUUUGAACUUGCGUCAUUAGUUGGCGAAAGAAAAAAACUUGAAAAUUCUGAAGAAGAAAAAAAAGGAAUUUUAGUUUGUGGUACCGGAAUGGGAAUGUCAAUUAUUGCGAAUAAAGUUCCUGGAGUUUAUGCUUCUCCAUGUCAAGAUGUUAAAACUGCUUUUGAUUCUCGUGGAAUUAAUAAUUCAAAUGUUUUAGAUUUCCUUGAAAAUUCGAUGAAAGAAAUUCCAAAACUUAUUAAUAAUCAUUCACAUAUUCCUUAUUCAACUCAAGCAUUAAGUGGGGAUGCAAAUAAUGAAGCUUCAUUUGUUUCUAUUCCUGGGUUGGACGAACGUUGUAAAUGGUGCCUUUUAAGACAGGAACGACAUGUAAACACUUCUGAUAGUAAUGAUGAUAGUAUUGAAAGACUCAGAGCUGUUGUUAGAUUUCCAAAGGGGUCUAUGGAGCCACCACAUCAUCAUACUCAUGGUCAUGACGUUUUUGUUAUUCGUGGUCAUAAAACUGUUAAGAAUCUUACAACAGGUGUUGAUUAUGAAUUACGUCCUGGUGGUUAUUUGUAUACACCUGCUACUCAAAUUCAUCAAGUAUUUUAUCAUGAAGAUACUGAAUAUUGGUUUGGUAGUGAUGAAGGUUUUGAUAUGAUGUGGGAUAGUGAUGUUAAAAAUAUUGUUUUUGAGGAGGAUCAAAAAUAAUUUACUUUUUGAAAUUUUUUAUGAUAUAUUAA